AUGGGUAUCUUCAAGGGAGGCGCCUUGCGUCUGUUGCAGACUGCUCUCUACUUCCUCUGUUUCUGCUGUGCCGCCAUCAUCAUCGGCAUCUUCAGUUUCUUCCUCGCUGUCCUCGCAGAUCACAAUCUCGACAUCCCCACCAAAUGGAAGGCUGUUGAGGGUCUCUCUGGUGUUAUCACUCUGUACACCAUUUGCACCGUUCUUUUGACAUGCUGCUUGGCCGGCAUCACCUUCCUCUCCGCCCUUGGUCUGCUCUUCGACAUUCUAUGCAUGGGUGGCAUGAUCGCCAUCGCUGUCUUGACUCGCCAGGGCGCCAAGAGCUGCAAGAACAACGUCGUCACCCCUAUCGGUAACGGACCUGCAAACAAUGCUAUUCCCUUCACCCAGGGCAGACACAACUUCUCUCCCAACCUCGGCACUGCCUGCAAGCUCAACAAGGCUGUCUUCGCCGUUGCCAUUGCCGGAGCUGUUCUCUUCCUCUUCACUGCUCUUAUGCAACUCGCUCUCAUGCGUCACCACAAGAAGGAGAAGAGAUUCGGACCUAGCCCUUCCAACGACUACACUUCUGGCACCGCCCCCAAGCGCGGCCUCUUCGUCAGAAAGCCCAAGACUGUCCCUACCGACGACUACGCUGAGAAGGGUGUUAUUGGCACCAACCCCAACCCUCUUCCCGUUGGCCACACCAUCCGUCCUUCCCACGACACUGCUUACUCUGGCAACACUGCUGUCGGCGCCAACCCCACUGUCAUCCAGAAGGAAGGUCUUACCCAUGACGGCCAUGCUCCUCACGUUGGCUACAACCCUCACGACAGAGAGAUUCCUGCCACCACCACCAUUCCCCGUUCUUACGGUAGUGAGCGUAACGUUGGUACUAUCCCUGAUCGCACUGCCGACGUUCCCGCAGGUGCCAUCCCCAGCGUUCACGGUGGUUACUACACCUCUCCUGGUGUUGCUAGCACUCGUGAUUUCUAA